CUAGGGGGAGGGUGUAGGGCGGCUUUGUGCGCAUGCGUGCAGCUAUCACUAUGCAUUGAGCAUCCGUUUUGUUUAGCUUUAGAUCUAUUUCAACAAGGACGACUUAACAGACGCGAGGAAAGACGCAUAUUAAGUUUCUCUCAACAUGACAUCCCGCGUAGGUUCCAGAGUCGCUGGCAUCAAUGGAAGUGACUUUAAACACAGAGAGAGGGUGGCUCCACUUUAUCAAAUGAGUGCUUCUAUGAAGUCAGAGGUGCGGAAGUUAAACUUGGUCCAUCUUCUCAUCUGGCUCCUGUUGGCAGCGCAGGUCAUGGUCAGCCACUUCAACCUGGUGUCACAUGACACAGUGUCCAUGCCAUACCAGUGGGAGUACCCCUACCUGCUCAGUCUCAUCCCUCUAUUCUGCAGCAGCUUGUCAUUACCAAAAAACAAUAUCAGUUAUCUGGUUAUAUCCAUGAUUAGCUCAGGGCUAUUUUCUGUAGCGCCUCUAAUUUAUGGUGGAAUGGAGAUGUUUCCUGUAGCGCAGCAGCUUUACCGCCAUGGAAAGGCUUAUCGAUUUAUUUUUGGCUUCUCUGCAGUGACUGUUAUGUAUCUCAUCAUGGUGGUCGCAGUUCAAGUGCACGCCUGGCAAAUAUAUUACAUGAAAAAGCUUUUAGAUUCAUGGUUUAAUGCCACUCAGGAGAAGAAGAAAAAAUAAUGUAGUGAAGAAAGCUGUAACUACACAAAUCUGUCUUUAUCCUAAUUUAUAUUUACAUUGUAAAUUCAGUUCCUUCUUAUUACAUCAUUAUUUCUAUUAUUAUCACCACUAAGGCUCUAGCAGGGCAAUCAGAAGAGGCAUCAAAGUACCAUCCAUGAACAUGCAUUCAUGUUGCAGUCAUCUAGCGCAGACUAUACCUUUAAACAGAAUAAAUAUAAAUGUGUUUGUUCUUAUACAACAAUGAAGGCAGCAACUAUUCCAAUAUGUACAGCACAGUGAAAAGGAUUUAGGAACUUUAGAGUCUUCUGUUACACACUGUCACCAGUGAGCCUUUGGCCAUGAAACCAAUCAUUCCAUCCAUUCCAACAGUAUUCAUCCUCACCUUACUCUUAGUGCCUAAAAUCUUGCACAGUGCUGUAUAUAUUGAUAAGAAAUGGAAAUUGUGUGUGUUAAACGAAGUUCUUGGUUUUUUCUAUUGUUGCAGAUGCUCUCUUUUUUGCAUCUAGCUCUCAUUUUCAAUGUCUGAAUCAGUUUUUUUGUUUUCAUUCAACGCCAGAAAGUCUAUAUAUUGAGGCUUUGUAUAAACCUUAAAUAUGCAUUGUAAACCAAAUAAAAGCAUAGUGUCCAACUUUGAA